AUGAACUUCUUUGGUUUUUCUUUGUUGGCAUUCUUCUUCAUCCUCACUGCUAUCCUUGUUUCAGCUCAAAAUAAUAAUAGGCAUGAAGAUGUUGUCAAGACAGUAAGAAGGAUCAACAAGCAUGUUUUGCUGACUAUAAAGGAAGUGCCUACACAAAUGCUGAAAAUGAAGAAAUAUGCAAAGAAAAGCAGGAUUAACAAUACUAAUUUCGUACGACGACGACUUGCGGUGGCUAAUGUUAUGACAGUCAAUUCUACUACGUCUGAAUUCAAAAAGAAGCAAAAAUCUUUCCAACAUCAGCUUCCUACUUCUUUUGAUACCCAUGAGCAUGCAAGUGUCAGUUAUGAGGCAACAAAAGUCAUAUAUGGGGUGGCAGCAAAAAUAAACAAGGCCGAGCCAUCAGUACAUGGUGAGCAAGGGUGCAGCCAAGCUCAUGUUCGAAUCAAAACGGGCUCAGGACAAAAUUAUGAGAGCAUUACUGCUGGAUGGCAUGUAUUCCCAGAGCUUAAUGGUGAUGAAAGCAUCAGACUAUUCCUUUUAUGGACUACGGAUGGGUAUCAGACGAAAAUUUGCUACAAUUAUGAGUGUGAAGAAUUUGAGCAGGAGAACGAUGAUGGCGACGGCAACGAUGACGAUGACGAGGUCUUGCUGGGAAAUAUACUUGAUCUAUCAUCUUCCCAACCCGAUAUUCAAGUGAAUAUUUGGAAGGAUCCAGACCAACAAAAAUGGUUUUUGAUGAUUAAUGACGAGUUGAUGGGCAAAUGGAAAAGCGAUACCUUUCCCGCGUUGGGAGGUCCAUAUACGAGUGUGGAGUGGGGUGGUGAGGUAUCCAACAACAUGACAGAGAUGGGCACUGGUCGUUUUGGUCACGAGGGACAUAACAAGGCAUGUUAUAUCCGCAACUUAGAAAUCAUGACUACGGAUAACCCCAACGAGCCCAUUCAAGUUCCAUUCAGAGACCUUAUAAAAAGGGAGACAGAGCCAGACUUUUACAACGUAUCCAUUCACCACAAUAGCCACUACAUAUACUUUGGUGGCCCAGGCUCAAACCCUGGUAACCCAUGA